CCCUGGGUUUUUUUAUCGAAUACAAUCACUCUAGGUAGAGAGAAGUUAUUUUGCCCGCCAAAGCAGCAAGCAGUUUGCACAUGUCUGCAGGAGGUAGAGAACGUGAGUAAAAUUUCGGACUAAUUUCAGGCUAAACUUAUUUCCUGUGUACGUUCAUCUUCAAAGCGAGAUUAAUUAAAGCUCAAUUACCUUCUAAAGCUUUGUGGCAAAGUGUCAGCAAAGAGCUCGUGAAAGAAGCUUUGAAUGAAGACCUAUCUCCCUAUCAUCUACCGUUAGGACAUUUCACUACACCUGGGAGGAAGUGAGGAAAAGGAGAGAAACAGUUCAAGAAGUAAACUGACGACCAAUUCAAGAAAGCAUCGCCGCUACGUGUCGCAAUGGAUAAUUUUAGAGGACAACCUCAGAAACGCCCUCUUCAACCUGAAGAUUCAAUGCCAUCAGAAACUGAUCAAGGACUAUCAGCAGCCAGAAAGCAAGAAUCUGGUGAUGGCAACAGAUCAGGAAGCAAUUCGGAAUGCGAUGACAAUAACCGCAACCCACACCGUAAUAACCUUCAGAGUGAAUCAAACACGGAUAACAAGAAAACACGUACCCACCGCAAAUCCCGACGAAGACCUCCUUACUCUUAUAUUGCACUGAUUGCAAUGGCGAUCCAAAACUCUUCUGAGAAGAGAUUGACUCUGGAUGGUAUAUGCAAGUUCAUCAGAGACAGGUUUCCCUUUUAUCGUGAUACCUAUCCAUCGUGGAAAAUUUGUAUCCGCAACAACCUUUCUCUCAAUGAUUGUUUCAUCAAGACUGGAAUAAAAUCUGAUGAGCCACUUAAAGGAAACUACUGGACCCUGGAUCCAGAGAGUUAUAAUAUGUUUGAAAAUGGUAGUUUUCUUCGAAGGAAGACCAGGUUUAAAAGACAAGAUCCCAACAGGAUCGAGGCGAAGUCUAUCCCUGUUGUGGAAACGGGAAGGCACGCUUUCUCCUCUCCCUUGGAUCUCCACAAUAGAUUUGGUUCAACGUCCUUGAUGUCACAAUUGAGUUUUUCAAGUCUUGAGCCACACAAAGUGCCGGGGAUUACUCCUUUUGGAUUCCCCUUCCAAUAUUAUAGUCCUCCAACCUCAACAGAUUCAUUGUUUGUUCACUCGCAGUUACCAUUCCUGCCUUAUUACCAAAAUCUAAACUGCACCCAGUGUAACCUUUGUGAGGGCUCCAAGCAAUUCCAUCCUUAUUUGAGACUUUAGCAAAGUUAGAGAGAAGGGGAGAUCAAACUGAUGGUUAGACGAAUAACUGUAGAAACAAGAUGAAGAACUUAUGAAGGAGAGGAAUCCUUGACUACACAAGCUAAGUAGUCUAUACGAUUCAACCAUGUCAUCCAGUCUGAAAUAUAUGUCCUGUACAAAGCUAUGGUUACAAAUUUAUGUAUUUUGAAAAUAAAUUUUUAAAGUAGGGGUGGUUACACAAGCUUCUAUCAAACCCCAUAUCAAAUUUGAGGAAAAGACAACUUAAUUAUAACGAACAAGGCUAUUUGGGUUACCUCUAUAGGACGUUCUGGAAACAAGGUGACAAUUUUGUACUUCCAUUGUUAAGGCAUAUCUCGGCGAGACUAAAUAUGUAAAAGUUAACGGAAUAUUUCUUGUUCUCAAAUAAUGAAAAGAAUGGGUCAAAAAGAUUUAAUUAGGGUUAUCCUUAAAGUGUUUAAAGUUCUUUCAAGAUUGUGUGUACAAAUGGGGACGAAGCAGAUAAAAGUUCAAGCUCAAUGUUAUUGCUUAAGGCUGUAUCACUCUUAAUCGUUUGAAUAAAUGUAAUGCAGCUUGCGAAAAAUGAUUUGAUCAGGAUCUAGCUCGUUACAUUAAUUUCAAUCCAAAAAACACAUAUAAUGAAGUUUGCGAGCCCAGAUUAACGGACAGGUCGCAUACAUCUCUUACUAUCAAAGCAUAUGUUUACAAAUAAAGGGCUUGGGGCUUAAGUAUACACAGCAUGUUUAUAGCCCGUGACUUCUAGACGUGAAUGACACAUUUUGCUUUCCAGCCAAGAUUCUACUAAGUUUGGUCAAUAUCGUUGAUCGAGGGCUCUCACAUCGUCUCCCGAUAACAGAUUUUAAUGGUUAGGAUAGCAGUCACAACCAGGUGCCGGUUAUGUCUGCCACCCUCGGAUGUGAUU